AUGGCAAACAAGUUCAACUACAAGGGGUUCGUGAAGCAGACGAACACGCUUCACGCCAACCUCACGGAUUCGCAGGAGAAGAAGCGGAAGGAGAACGGCGGGGACGAUUCCCCAGCGAGCGGCGGUUCGUCGCCGGCGUCCCACUCCCCAUCGACUUCGUCAUCGACCGUCGACACGCGCCACACCCCCGCCCCCUCCCAAAUCAAAGCCGCCGCCCCUCACACCAGCCGACCGGCGGUGAAGAAGCCGCCGCCGCUGGGCAAUGCGGCUGCGAAGGACAUGUCGAAGCGGCUGGUGGGCACGGUGAAGGCGGGCGGGCGCGUGGGCAAGAUGCUCGAGAUGCUGGAGAAUGGCGGGUGGGACGAGGUCGAACGCGAGAUCAAGGAGCGCGAGGAGCGCGAGGAGAAGCGACGCGAGGAUCUGGGCAUCGUGGCGAGCCCCCGCGCCAACGGCGGCGCCUCAUCGACGGCCGCGCCGGCGAAACAGACCUCGCCAUCGCCCUCGCCCUCGCCGCGAGGACCGGCGGCUACCGGAGCGAAAAAGAACGAAGCGAAAGCGAACGGCGGCGCGCAGGCCCCCAAGUCACACGGGCUCAAGCCCGAGCGAAGGAUUCUCGCUUACGGCCUGGGCGCAGUGCAGGGAAAGAGGCCAACAAUGGAGGACGCACAUGCGGCCUACCUCGAACUGCCUCAGAACCCUCACGUUGCCUUCUUCGGCGUCUACGACGGCCACGCAGGUGAUGAGUCGUCGACGUACGUGGCCGAGUGCCUGCACGAUGAGAUCGACCGCGCGCUGGCCCGAGCCCAGAGCACGGCCGACUGGGCCGCGGCCGUCACGUCGGCCUUCUCCACGGUCGACGAGAAUCUGAUGGACGAGAGCGAGUCCAUGAUGUGGACCUCGGGCACGACGGUGGUGUGCGCCGCGUUUCACAAGGAGGAGCGGGAGCUGUGGGUGGCCAACCUGGGCGACUCGCGGUGCGUGCUGGCGCGCCACGACCAGGGCGGGCCGAAGGUGGUGGCCGAGCCCCUGUCGUCGGACCACAAGCCCUGGGUCGAGGGCGAGAUCCAGCGCAUCGAGCGCGCCGGCUGCCGCGUCACCGAAGGACGCAUCAACGGCACACAUGCGAUGAGCCGGGCAAUGGGGGACUUUGAGCUGAAGAACAACAUCAACCUCGACAUGCGGGACCAAGCCAUCUCCAACGAACCGGAGAUCCGAAAAGUCGGCGUUGCCACGGACGAGCUAUUCGUUGUGCUGGCUUGUGACGGACUCUUUGAUGUGAUGACCGACCAAGAGGUGGUGGAGUGGGUGUACGACCGCCUGGCAUCGACCAACGACGACCUGGACACGAUCGCCGAGCGCCUGGCCCACCAUGCCGUCGACAUCGGCAGCACCGACAACGUGAGCGUCCUCAUCGUCACCCUCCCCCACCAUAACUGA